GAUAAGGAAUUCGCCAGACAAAUAAAAGGGCACAACAAACCGCUGACGCUUAUCGCUACUGUUUGAUGAGUUAGAACGAAUCGGCUCAGAACAAACGCCUUUUUUAUAAAAGAAGCAAACGGUGCUCGUGACGGUCACAGUUCAGAAAUGGGCAGUGAGAUGACGAUGUUAGUUUAUUUUGUGUUGGGUAUUGCUAGCCUGGCGAGCGGCCAAUUCGCUACCAAUCAGUGGCCAAAUCGAAGCGUAAUAGUGCAUCUGUUUGAGUGGAAGUGGAAUGACAUUGCUGAUGAGUGUGAGCGGUUUCUGGCACCGAGCGGAUACGCCGGUGUGCAGGUUUCACCCCCUACGGAAAACACAAUUGUGAAGGAACCGAAGCGGCCCUGGUGGGAGCGAUAUCAGCCAAUUUCCUACAAACUGCAUACCAGGUCGGGAACUGAACAGGAGUUCGCCGAUAUGGUGAAGCGAUGCAAUAAGGUAGGAGUGCGGAUUUACGUGGACUUGGUAAUCAAUCAUAUGGCCGCCUUUACGGCGAAUGGAGGAACUGGUGGAUCUACGGGUCGCGCCAAAGAUAUGGAUUUUCCCGCCGUCCCGUAUGGAAGGGGUGACUUUCACGAUCCGUGCAUAAUAAAUGACUAUACGAACGCUUGGGAGGUACGCAACUGUCAGCUAGUUGGGCUUCCGGAUCUUAAUCAUACAUCGCAAUGGACACGGGAUAGAAUCGUUGAUUUGAUGAACAAAUUGGUUGGGCUUGGUGUGGCAGGGUUUCGCGUGGAUGCAGCGAAACACAUGUGGCCUCAAGAUUUGAAAGCAAUUUAUAAUCGUGUAAACAAUCUCAACACUUCGCAUGGAUUCAAUCCUGGAGCGAAACCAUUCAUAACGCAAGAAGUCAUUGACUUGGGUGGAGAAGGAGUGUCCAAGCAUGAAUAUACUGACUUUGGGACGGUGACAGAGUUCCGCUUUUCGGCAGAGAUUGGCCGUGCUUUCCAAGGACGUAAUAAAUUGAAGUGGUUAACCAAUUGGGGUCCGAAAUGGGGUUUCCUGCAAUCGAAUCAAGCGCUGGUAUUUGUUGACAACCAUGACAAUCAACGCGGUCACGGCCCGGGCGGAAACGAUGUUCUAACAUACAAAAACCCCAAAGCUUACAAGAUGGCAACCGCUUUCAUGUUAGCUCACCCAUACGGGAACCCGCGUGUUAUGAGCUCGUUUGCGUUUGAUAAUUCAGAUCAAGGUCCACCGCAGGACUCAAAGGGAAAUAUUAUCUCACCUUCGAUUAAUCGUGAUGGAAGCUGCGGUAAAGGGUGGAUCUGCGAGCAUCGAUGGCGUCAAAUCUAUAACAUGGUCGGAUUUCGAAAUGCCGUUGCUGGCACUCAACUAAAAGGUUGGUGGGAUAACGGCAACCAGCAAAUAGCAUUUUGUCGGGGAAACAAAGGUUUCGUCGUGUUCAAUGGAGACAGCGUUGAUCUGAAAAUGAAAUUGCAAACCUGCCUGCCAGCUGGAACGUACUGUGAUGUGAUUUCGGGAAACCUAGUCAAUCGAUCGUGUACCGGUAAAAAAAUCGUCGUUGGCUCCAAUGGGCUUGCAAAUGUCCAUAUCCCUCUCAGCGAACAAGAUGGCGUUAUUGCUCUUCAUAUCAAUGCAAGUGUACAAGCUGUGAUAUUCAAGCGCCCCUGAGAGAGCUUUCACCGCGCAGUUUGUUCUGAUCGAAACCGUCCCUAGAUAUCUGAUUGAAUAAAAUCGGCAUCAUCGGCUUAAAAGCUUACCUGUUUCCCACAUUCGAUUAUCUUCGAUUAGAUUAGUAGAUGCAAUAAAUCACUUCAAACCUGA